CAAAUUAAAUUUCUGAUACAUUUACCUAGAAUAAAUGAAGAAUGGAAGAUUUCUACGGUCAGGUUUCCCUUAGUUACAUGUCGAGGGAUUACUGCUUCGGCGACUUUCCUUGAGUUCAUAGCUUGGGAAGUUGCCUCGAUUUCACUUGAAGUCGCUGAACAGAUUUGUUUGGAUCUAACGACAACGAGCGAACAUGUCCGGCCUGAAUUCGCUGUUCAAUCGAGCUACUUUUGGAACGAGAUGCAAGACAUGCUUGAAUUUGGCCAUCUCACGAAUCAAGCUACUUCACAAUAGGAGAGAGCUUCAACUGAAAAAUAUGCGUAAAGAGAUUUCCCAGUAUCUUCAGACCGGCCAAGAAGCCAUUGCUCGGAUCAAGGUGGAGCAUGUCAUUCGUGAGCAGAACAUAUCAUCUGCUUAUGAGAUUCUAGAGCUGUUCUGUGAAUUUCUAAUUGCACGAAUCCCUAUUCUUGAAGUCCAAAGGAAUUGCCCUUCAGAGUUGCUGGAGGCUGUUGCUAGCAUCAUCUUUGCUUCACCAAGGUGCUCAGAUGUUCCAGAGUUAUUGCAGGUCCGUAAUUUGUUUACAACAAAAUAUGGAAAAGAUUUCGUUUCAGCUGCUGCAGAGCUACGGCCAGAUAGUGGUGUUAACCGAGCUGUAAUUGAGAAACUCUCGGUGGCAGCUCCACCAGUUGAUAGAAUACUUAAGGUUUUGAAGGAGAUUGCUUAUGAGCAUAAUCUUGAUUGGGACUCAUCAAGCACUGAGAAAGAAUUUAGCAAAAAGCACGAGGACUUGCUGGAUGGCUCAAUCCCCAUGCUUACCGAGGUCGCUCCAUUAAGCAACCCAACAAAUAUUUCAUCACCAAAGAUUGGGCAGCUUGAGCCUAAAGAGCAUAAUAACCCUGCUUCCAGGAGAGAAUCCCCAUUUUCUACCCCGAAGAACAUAGCGCCAAAAUCCAGCGAUAGUCAACGGCCAUCAGAUGCUAUGGAGAGAGCAAAAGCAGCACUCGCCACAGCUGAGCAUGCUUUAGCUGCUGCACGAGCUGCAGCUGAGCUCAGCAAAGUUAAAUUAUUUACUCAGGAAAGUCCCAAACAAAGUGAUUAAUUAGCUUUUAAUUCUCUGUAAAACGGUUGACGUAUAUAUUUUUCUUCUCCUUCUCUCUUCGCUAUGGACUGUAGGUGUUUUUUUGACUGAAAACAGGAAAAAAAAAGGGUAGUUUGACGAGUUUCUUAAUAUGUUUGCCUUGUAA